AUGGUGAUGGUGAUGUCGGACCCAGCCGUAAAGAGGCCGGUGGAUGUGACGGUUGACACGAAGCAGACGCUGUUGUCUAUGGUGACGGGUGUGGUCUUGGGAGUUCGAGGCCAGACGAUAGCUGUUGAAGAUAUCUUGAACCUCUUUCUGCUUGUAUUCGACCAGAAGAGUUGUCACGCUGAGAGGGGCCGUCUUGUAGCUCGAUGUGGAACGUGGAAAGCAUCCAAUGGUUUGUGGGGCGUGGUCAGAGGUGAUCCAGGUGCUGCUGAUGUUGGUCGAGUCAAAGGCUGA